AUGGGUCAGACAGUUGCUGAAGAGAACGCGGAGUUAAUAACCCUGGCUUACUAUUGUAUUAAUAUCUGUCUAACAAUAGCCCUCUUUGCUAUUGGAACCAUUUACUUGCGGUACAGAGACCGAAGAGACCAUCAGAGGCGGGAAUGGCGCCAGUUGGCGGAAAGAAUUUACACCGAUUACAGCAAACUGAAAAGUAAAGAUAUCCCACAGAAAAUUUCAAAGGUAAAGAACACUUUUGAAAGUAUAAAAAUCCACUCAGAAGUAAGUGGCCUUGAUGUUUUGCGUUACAUGCUCACCGAUGAAAAGUACCGCAAUUUUGCGAGCGAGUCACCUCAGCUGAAGGCCCUUCGUGAAGACCUCCACAUGAUCUUCGUGCCGCUAAAUAUCUGCUCUUCGUUGCUUCGCUUGGGAGAAGUGCCAUCAAAUAUUAAGGAAGAAUUAAGACUUGUGGUGGGAGAGUUGGGGAAUUUAGUAGAGCCUUUCCUUACUGGUGAACAACAAAGGGUUGCUUUGAAAUGUCUGAAACAUUUUGGCAGUAACAGAUCAUCAAAUGCAGUGACUGAACAUGCUCAAAGAAGCGUGAAAGAACUUGAUGAGCGAAUUGAAGCUAUUGCUCCGUAUGUAAACAGCUUACAGUUUGGUGGUCCCAAUGCUAAGGAGUUCCUUCAGGGGGAAAUAAACAUGAAAGAUUGCGAUUAUAGCAAGUGCAGAAAAUUUUGGCUUAAUGAAACAAUGAUCAUGCAAAACAGCCACGAGAAUCUCUAUUUUCUCAUAAAACUACAUGAGGAUCUAGAAUAUAAAGAACUUGAGGCACGCUUUGCAAGAAUCUCUAGACAAAAUCUGGAAGAACUGCCACAUGAAUCGUUCGAGCAGAUCUGCGACAGUGAUAGCGAUGAAACGAUUUUGAUGAAAGUACUACAUGAAUUGCGUCUAUAUAUCCAUAUUAUUCUGAGUGAAAACGAGUUCAAAAGACGAGUUGAGGAUAACGUGAAUAGACUGCGUCAGCUUCAUGAGGAGUUCCAGCCGAUAAAGUCCCGAAUUAAAUCGUUAUGUCAGAGAUUCAGUGACGAUCUCGUGCGCAUUAAGAAGGACAUAGAGGGGAACCCACCAGAUCAUCUUAAUAGCCCGGAGUUUUUGAAUCAGCUUAAUGACUUAUAUGAAGAAAAGUAUAAUAGAAUAAUUGUUGUUCAGGAGGUAUAGCACUAACACAUCUAAGACCUCUUUAUAAAGUUCAUGCUCUAUCCUUGUUGUUUUUGUAUGACAUUUUAGUACCAAGAUGAGUUCAGGCCUUGCAUAAUUAAAGUAAGCCCAAGCAGUUCAGUUAUGACUAUAUCUGAGUUUGAGUUAGUAUCAGUUCCAUUUAAUUAGUGUAAUUAUGUAUGAGAAGGACCUCAGCAAGUAUACAAAGGUUAAAUUGUAGCCUGCAGCAUCAUCGUAAUUUGCUACUGAAAUAUUGAUUAUGAAUCUUGCUAUAUUACUUAAGACACUCCUUUGGCCUAGGACUUGAUAAAGUACAGAGCUUGACUUUCAGAGUCAGUGUUUUCUUAAUUUGGUGAUUGUGAAAUUCCCAGUACCUCUUUUGCUUUUUAUUUCCUUAAUAUAAAUUGCAAUGUCUUGCUUGUAUUAGGGUUGUAUUAGCAGUAAAUGAAAUCUUUGUUUUUGUUAAAUGUCUCCAUUUCUAUCACCAGGGGACAGACAGGCACCCAUCAAUAUAUAGCCAUCCUAAUGGUUUGGGUUCUGAGUAGUUUUGUUUGGAAUCGGAUAUGAAUUUUGACCAUCUUCAAUAGGGUAUGGUUUUCACUGGAAUCUUGAGAGGGUAUACAGGUAUUUCUCAUUUUGUUUCCCCCUUCCCAUCUCACCUUCCUCUCCCCUUUUAAUAAUAGAGAUAAAGAAAUAACUAAAUUCACUCAAGCCUACUGCUUGGAAGAAUUUUACCAAUUCUUGACUUUGGCACUGCUGUCAGAUCUGACAGAUGUAGAUCAUUCCUUCUGUCACAGCCAGCUGUUGAGGCAUUUGAAGUACCACUGGCAGCCAUACGCAAUCAGAAUGGAAGACCUGUCAUGUAAUUCUUCUCACAAACCCUGUGUCCAUAGAGAUAGAGGUGCACUCAAUAAUUUAGGCACUAAAGUACUGGAAACACUUCCCUGAAGGACACCUCAUCCUUAAGACUGAUCAGAAAUCUGUAUCCUACAUGUGCAACAAACAUCACAAAGGAAAGUUAAAGAACAAAAAAUUCCUGUGUUAGAGACCAGAACUGUCUUAGUGCAAUUUUGACAUCAUCUAUUGCCUUCAAAGAAAUAUUAUUGUACCAGAUGCCCUGUCUGGAGCCAAGUGCGCUACUACUACUGAUGACUCACUUUAUGAGCUUUAUUAGUACCCUCUGCCAUCUGAUCACUACAGUAAACAUUUUGUGCAAACCAAGAACUUUUACCUUACAUGUACAUCCUAGAAGAGAUAGAAAAGAUAACAAGCAAGUACCCUGUUUGAUGUGAAUGCAAACCUCAGUUUCCUUGGCCUGAGAAAGGUUCCCUUUUGUGUUUAUUCAGGACUUGUUUUGGACUCAGUGUACAUGUACUCACUGCCAGGUUUCUUGUGCAUAUAUAAUGCAUCGUGCGAGAUUAGGAUACUCAAACCUAUAGUAAAAUAGGUGAUUAAAUGUCAUCUUUAUUCUACAACACAAGGUCACACAAGCUGAAAGGGAUGAAUUUUUGCCAGAGAGCGUAUUUCCAUUGAUAUAGUGUUCCAUUUAUAUAUUGUUUAUGGCGGUUAUGCUUCAAUUAAUAACGCUUAACCUAUUUUUUGAUGUGGGACACCCUCAAAGGUGUACCAUAUCCUUAAAAAUGGUACAGCAAAUGUCAUCAGAAUUUUCAGAACCCCACUGAGACAGAAACUUCAAGAAAAUGAAAAAUACUCAACCGAGCCGGCAGGGCAGACGUAAUGUUUGGCAAACAAGUGCUCAGUGACCCUCAGUAUUUCCUUGGUGAAAAUCAUAGCUGCCAUCUGUUAGUUUUACAGUAGUAGAUGGCUGGGGCGAGAAAGAACCAAGGGGGUGAGUGUGGGUUAAAAGGAAGGAGAGGGGAGGUGGUGGUCCAUUUAACCCUUUAGCUACUAAGAUCUGAUUGUUAACUCUCCCUUCUAACUGCUAUACAUUUCCUUUCAAAUAAGUAACUAGAAUUCAGCAAUAGAUCAAGACAACAACUUCUACCUGAUAAGUUUGAGUAUUCUCACUAUUUGUUUCCUGGAUAAUGUAUAGAUGUUAUAGAGAGAAGUUACUUGUUGAUCACUCCUAGGAGUUAAAAGGUUAAGAAUAAAGAUAAGCUCCUCUGGCACUUUUCAAUAAAAUGUCCCAUCCUUGUCACCAGUUGUUGUGUAUUAGGGUUCGUUAUAUACUACUAUAGAGUAACGCACAGUCCGAGUGCUUUACACAACAGCUUUAUUAGAAUACAGUGAAAUUAAUGAUACACAAUAUAUAAGCACAAUCACAUGAAUGUGAUCAAAGGUAUGCUAAGCAUUAAAAUAAAGAUUAUUUAAUAGUUAAGGUAUUUAUCCAAUAGGAACAAACACCACAAAUUAAAAAAAGAACAAAGUAAUUGAACUAACUAACCAAAAGAAAAAAAACAGAUGGCUGUAAAUAACAAAACUGACAUGACCAAGAAGACCAAAGAGAUCAACAGAGGUGGGAAUGGCACGAGUUUGUGGAAAUAAUUUACACAGAUUACAGAAGUUUAAGAAGAAACCAGAUCCUAGAGAUUGAUGGAAUAGGUACAUUAGAUAAUAUGAACAGACUACGUCAGGUUUAUGUGAAAACAAGAAAGUCACCAAAGUUAAGAUCAAAUAUCUGUUUCAAAUGGCUAUAGAUGAGCUAAAAUCAAUUGUGGAUGAUUCUUUAGACAAGCUUUGCAAUGACAAACUUUCUGACAAUUUUUGUAGCUUAUGGGACCAAUUUCGAGAUUUGUGUACAUUUCCAGCUUAGCAGCGUCCCUUGGAGAACAAUGAUGUUGAGUUAUAAGAUAAUUAUCCUCCUAAGUCUUAUGAAUACUCAGUAAAUCUUUCUCAAGAAUCUCCAGCAUGAAGUGUAAAAGAUAGCAUCAAUUCCUGCAUUUGACCAUCAAUUGAGCAUUAUAAGAAAGAUGAUGACAGUUUUCAGACUGGUUAAUAUUCUAGUGUAGGCUUAUUGUUACCUUACAGUUUUAGAAAGAAGUCUUUUUGUUGCUAUGGUUUGCUUUACGUUUAUUUUUUUUAAUAGUUUUAACUUAACCCUUUACACCCCAAUAUCAAUAUGCAUAUUCUCCAUAUUGUUCAUCAUACAUUUCUUAAGGCGCUGACAAGGAGAAUUUGUUUAACAAUCUGGAGCUUCUUUCAUUGGUGAUCAUUUCCUUUUUACUCUUUUGACCUUUAUGUGUGAUUCAGGGGAGAUAUUACAAGGAGAAAUUAGAUGCUUAGUCUAAUUAAUGUAAUUAGUCACUAAUUAAUCAAUUAAUUAAUUAAUGUAAUUAGUCUAAUUAGUCACUCUUAUGAGAGAAAGGGUUAAAUGUAUUUCCUCGAAAUAUUAGUACCCAGGCGCUUAUUCAAAAUUUCAGCUUGAGGAGGGGUAAUUACUGGAAUUAGGACACUUAAUCGAGGGGGGCACUUCUCAAGUUAGCACAGCAAUAGGAUUAAAAUUAAAAGAACAGAUAACGUUCAUUAAGGAACUCUGUUAGCAAAUGGAAAUAGGAAUUAGGAAGAAACUAUUACCCUGUACUGAUUCCUUUGUAGUUGAUGCUUAAAAAGUUGUAAAUAAAGUGGCAGUAGAAACAGGUUUUUCUUGUGUUCUUACUAUAAUUACGAAAGUGGAGAUGAGGGUGGGGGGGGGGGGGGCUUAUUUGCUUAUUAGAGAGGGGCACUUGUUUUACAUUAUGGGUAAUUAUUUAGGGGGGUUGGCACUUUUUAUAGCGUGGGAACUUAUCUGCCAAGCUUUCAGUAGAGCAUGGUCGAUGAGUUUAAACUCACAGUAGUUGAUUUUUCGCGAAAAAUUGACAGUCAAAUACAGCACAAAUCCAGCUCCCUUGGUAUCAAUUGUUUUUAUGGUAAGUACUAAAACAAGGAACGACCUAAAACCACCUAAAACCACCUAAAACCACCUACAACCAUCUACAACCAACUCAAAAAUUUCAACAACCACCUACAACCACCUCAAAAACAUCUACAACCACUCGCAAACUAUCUAAAACCAUCUAAAACAAGGCAUAAAUGUCUAAAAUAAGGCGAAACGACAACAUGUCACGUACACGAAAUACGAGAAUCGAACGAAACCUCUACCUCCCCCUGAAAUCUUACUCUCCCUGGUCCCAUGUAUAGUCCACCAUCUCACGAAAUGAAAUGCGAUAGCAUGCUAAUUAUUUUAUAUUCCCUCAGCAAAAGACUUAAAGAACUUGAUGCAGAUGGAACACAAUGAUUGUUACCUCAAGGUUAUUCAGCGCGCUUUGCCGGAUUGCUACCUUUUUGUAAUACUUUUUGGGUCUUGCCAUAGUUUGAGAAAGCAAUGAAACGAUCAUAGUAUUCUUUGCAAUAUGUCUGCGCUCUUCGGCUGGCCUCUUUCACCUUUCACAAAUAACAUCUACAUCGAUCGCCCAAACAACCACAAAACAACUGUAUACUUUUUCGCUUAAAAAUCACUUCCUUCCACGCACCACACAACAAUUUUAAGACUUUCACGCCUUUAUCAAAGUCACAGAUGGAAAAAUGACAAGAAAGGUAAUCUCAAAUACUGGGCAGUCUCUCAUAUACCGGGUUCUGAAAUAACUAAUAAUUAAUAGACUGGUGUAGCAGGAUGGUAAAGUGAGUGGGUACAAAGGAUCAGUGAACAGAGGGCACGGAGAAUUUGUGGUACGGUGGAUAAGUAGGAACAGAGGAUCAGUGGAUCAGUGAACAGUGAGCAUAAAGGACCAGAGGAACAGUGGGCACCGCGGACCAGUGGCACAAUGGGUGCAGAGGACCAGUGGAACAGUGGGUACAGAGGACCAGUGGAACAGUGGGUACAGAGGACCAGAGGAACAGUGGGUACAGAGAACCAGUUAAACAGUGAAUACAGAGGACCAGUGGGCACAAAGGACCCGAGGAACAUUGGGUACAGAGGACCAGUGGGUACAGAGGGCCAGAGGAACAAUGAGACCAGAGGAACAGUGGACACAGAGGACCAGUGGAUACAGAGGAGCAGAGGAACAGUAUGAACAGAGGAACAGUGGGCACAGAGGACCAGAGGAACAGUGGGUACGGAGGAACUUUUUAACAAAUUCCUAGACAAGCACCCACAGAAGGCUCGACUCUGCCAGGAACACCAUAUUGAUCCAGAGGAUGAUAAUAUUGAUUUGGCUUAGGUGACAGAACACAAGGCUUUUGUCUAUUGUAAAACUGCUUUGCCAUUCUUUACAUGUAGUUUAGGAUCUGAGAAUUUGGUGGCCAAAUCAAACUCAAUCCCUUAGUUGAUAAUUUGUGUGAAUUUUGAAUGCUUUGGUGUUGUGAGCAUUCAUAUUACUCCCAUGAGGAGUGAAAGGGUCAAAUCAUAAGGUUAUGGAAUACCUACUAGGAAGAUUUUUCUGUGAGAGAGAACAUUUAUUACCCUAUUACCCUCUGCUACCUUAGACAAAAAUUUUCACGGAGAACUUAUAGGCUCCUGUCGUAACUUUGAAUUCUCUCAGGGAAAUCCUGGCUACAGAUUGCAAUGGCACAUUCAAACAACAGAGAUGAGUGUCAUAAAGUUAUCUUUUUAUAAGAAGUUACCAAUGUAACGAUUCUAAAGUGUGUCAAUUUGAAAUAUUCAUGGAGAAAAGUAUGAUUAUGUAUGUAAUGUAUGUUCUGUAACAUAUGUAUAUAUAGCUUAUGUAAAGUAUGUUCUGGUUAAGGAUUUUGUUAUGAAAAAGGGAAAGCUUUCAGUUAUUAUAUAAUUUGGUUAGUAAUGAUGAAUAGUUUUGUUUGUGGUCAAAUAAAUUGUUUGUUAAGUGGAAAAGGUAUAGCUAAGUUGCUUUGACUGGAACAAAGGUGGCAGUUUGUAGCAUUCUUAUUGAUUAUAUAAUAAAACAUAUUUUACAACAAGUCUGAAAAAACUUCAACACUUAAAUUUUAGGGGAACAUGAUGCAGUAACUAGAAAAGCAUAAUAUUUUUCAAAUUUUGCAUAGGGAAAAAAUUUUGCAUAGGGAAAAAAUUUUGCCUAGGGAAAAAAUUUUGCCCUACAACUAAACUCAGCCUUUUAGACUUGUGACUGAAAGGAAAGAAAACAUUAAAUAAUAUUCUGAAAGUACAGAAACACAAGGUUCAGAGUUGGAAAAUGAUUCGCUACCUUAUAUGAAUAACUUAAAUGCAGCCAUAGGAUUUCAACAAUUUUGGGUGUCUUCUGGCACUGUCCCAUCUGGAGCCUUCAUGUCCUCUGUUCCCACUUUUUCUCUGGUCCUUUGUACCCACUGGUCCUCUGAUCCCACUGUUCCUCUGGUCCUCUGUACCCACUGGUCCUCUGUACCCACCGGUCCUCUGUGCCCACUGUUCCUCUGGUCCUCUGUUCCAACUGUUCCUCUGGUCCUCUGUACCCACUGGUCCUCUGUACCCACUGUUCCUCUGUUCCCACUGUUCCCCUGGUCCUCUGCUCCUACUGUUCCUCUGGUCCUCUGUUCCCACUGUUCCUCCGAUCCUCUAUACCCUCUGGUCCUCUGUACCCACUGGUCCUCUGUUCCCACUGUUCCUCUGGUCCUCUGUACCCACUGGUCCUCUGGUCCUCUGUACCCACUGGUCCUCUGGUCCUCUGUUCCCACUGUUCCUCUGGUCCCCUGUACCCACUGGUCCUUUGGUCCUCUGUACCCACUGGUCCUCUGGUCCCGUUGUUCCUCAGGUCCUCUGUACCCACUGGUCCUCUGUUCCCACUGUUCCUCUGGUCCUCUGUUCCCACUGUUCCUCUGGUCCUCUGUACCCACUGGUCCUCUGGUCCUCUGUACCCACUGGUCCUCUGGUCCUCUGUUCCCACUGUUCCUCUGGUCCCCUGUACCCACUGGUCCUUUGGUCCUCUGUACCCACUGGUCCUCUGGUCCUGUUGUUGCUCUGGUCCUCUGUACCCACUGGUCCUCUGUACCCACUGGUCCUCUGUACCCACUGGUCCUCUGUUCUCACUGUUCCUCUGGUCCACUGUUCCUCUGGUCCUCUGUUCCCACUGGUCCUCUGUACCAACUGGUCCUCUCACCCACUGUUCCUCAGGUCCACUGUGCCCACUGGUCCUCUCACCCACUAGUCCUCUGUGCCCUCUGAUCCUCUGUACCUACUGGUUCUCUGGUCCUCUGUACCCACCGGUCCUCAUUGUUCACUGUUCCUCUGCCCCUCAUUGUCCAUUGUUCCUCUGGUCUUCUGUACCCACUGGUCCUCUGUACCCACUGGUCCUCUGUACCCACUGGUCUUCUAUUCCCACUGUUUCUCUGGUCCUCUGUGCCCUCUGUUCCACUGGUCCUCUGUUUCCACUAUUCCUCUGUUCCUCUGGUCCUCUGUAUUCACUGGUCUGCUGUGCCCACUGUUCACUGAUCCUCUGUACCCACUCACCUUACCCUUCUGCUACAUCUAUCAGUUAAUUAUUAGUUAUUUCAGAACCCAGUAUAUGAGAGACUACCCCAAAUACUCGACCACUAUUGUUUUCCGACGCACUUUCUCUUGUAGCAAUCAUUUCGUGACAAACCAACGCAGGCGCAUACCAGCGGUUUCUCACAUCAAACAAAAAAUUUAUAGAAUAUGCGCAAACAGAAUGCGUCCCUACUUCAAGCUUGAUUUUCGUGAAGAAAGGUCUACUAUGGGUCAGACAGUUGCAAAAGAGAACGCGGAGUCAAUAACCCUGGCUUACUAUUGUAUUAAUAUCUGUCUAACAAUAGUCCUCUUUGCUAUUGGAACCUUUUACUUGUGGCGCAGAGACCGAAGAGACCAACAGAGGCGGGAAUGGCGCCAGUUGGCGGAAAGAAUUUACACCGAUUACAGCAAACUGAAGGGUAAAGAAAUCCCACAGAAAAUUUCAAAGGUAAAGAACACUUUUGAACGUAUAAAAAUCCACUCAAAAGUAAGUGGCCUAGAUGUUUUGCGUUAUAUGCUUGCCGAUAAAAACUACCGCAAUUUUGCGAGCGAGUCACCUCAGCUGAAGGCCCUUCGUGAAGACCUCCACAUGAUCUUCGUGCCGCUAAAUAUCUGCUCUUCGUUGCUUCUCUUGGGAGAAGUGCCAGUAUAUAUAGAGGAAGAAUUAAGACUUGUGGUGGAAGAGUUGGGAAAUUUAGUAGAGCCUUUUUUAACAGGUGAACAACAAAGGAUCGCUUUGAAAUGUCUGAAACAUUUUGGCAGUAACACAUCAUCAAAUGUAGUGACUGAGCAUGCUCAAAGAAGCGUGAAAGAGCUUGAUGAGCGAAUUGAAGCUAUUGCUCCGUACGUAAACAGCUUACAGUUUGGUGGUCCCAAUGCUAAGGAGUUCCCUCAGGUGAACCUAACUCAAGCCACUGCUCCGUCCGUGAACAGCUUCCAGUUUCUUAGUCCUAAUGCUACGGAGUUCCGAAACGAUUUUCCUGACAAGAAAGAUUGCGAUUAUAGCAAGUGCAGAAAAUUUUGGCUUAAUAAAACAAUGAUCAUGCAAAACAGCCACAAGAAUCUCGAUUUUCUCAUAAAACUACAUGAGGAUCUAGAAUAUAAAGAACUUCAGGCACACUGUGCCAGAAUCUUUAGACAAAAUCUGGAAGAACUGCCACAUGAAUCGUUCGAGCAGACCAGCGACAGUGAUAGCGAUAAAGCGAUUUUAAUGAAAUUCCUACAUGAAUUGCGUCUAUAUAUCCAUAUAAUUCUGAGUGGAGACCAGUUCAUGAUGGUUAAAAGACUAGUUGAGCAUAACGUGAAGAAACUGUGUCAGCGUCAUGGGGAAGUCCACCCGAUAAAGGCCAUGAUUCAAUUGGUAUGUCAAAGAUUCAGUGAAGAUCUCUUAACCCUUAAGACGAACAUAGAGGGGAACCCACCACCUCAUCUAACUGACGAGAAUUUUUUCAAACAGCUUAGUGACUUGUUUGAAAAGUUUCUGAGAAUAAUCACUGGUCAGGAGGUAUAG